CAACUGGCGCACGCGCGCAUCUCCCUCCCUCCACACGCGCGCUUGCGUUUCUCUUCCUUUUUCCCCUCCCUGGUUCUACCAUUCCUCCUCGCCCGAAGUCGACGGUAGACGGUAGUACGCACAAUGGCGAGACCCACAUCUACUUCGCGCGCGUACCUUCACUUCGCGCAGGCGCCGCAUGGCGUCGUCGUGCCGACAGCAAGCCCGGCAGCCGCCGCCGGUGGCGCUGGUGAGGAGUUCGACGAGUCGGACAUUUGGGGCGCGUUCGCGCCUGCUGAGCCGGUGAGGGCAAGCCAGUUUCUGGCCACGCGGAAGGCGUCGUCGGCGAAGGCGGCGCCGGCGCUGGCACCGGACGGCAGGGCCGCGCACGGGUCGCUGCCAGUGAAGAUCCCGGACUGGUCCAAGAUCUUGGGCAGCGAGUAUCGGCCUGGCUACCACUACGGCGCAGGCGGCGUUGGGGAGUGGUCGGAGCUCGACGACGACGAGGACUUCGUGGACUGGGUGCCGCCCCACGAGCUGGUGGCGGGGCGCCGCCGCGCCGCGUCGCUGUCGCUGAACGGAGUCGUCGGCAGGACGCUCAAGGUCCGAGACGCGGUGUGGAAGCAGACCACCGGGUUUCAGGACUGAUGACCGGGGACGAGGACGACGACGACUUGAUGAUGGCGGACUCCAUUUUGCACUCCUAGAUGUCCUAGCUGUGUGCUUCGCUUUCAAAGAGGAAUUUCGUUUAGCUUUUUCGAUGAUCGGGACUAGCUAGCAAAUUACUUUGUUGCUUGAGGUAGUACUGGUGCAGGUAGUUGAUGGGUGUUGUCUUUUAGUGACUGUUUGCAGCAGCGUUUUAGUCACCCCUUUUGCUGUGGGGUAAUUCGAUUUAGUUGUGUGUUUCUCGCCUCGGUAAGCCUUGGCAAUGCAUUGAGGAGGAGAUGAGGACGUCUAGGUUUAGGUUUGUAUGAUUGUUCAUCGUUGCUGCAUUUGCUAGUGAAUGAAUCAUUUGUGUUUUUCAACAAUGAACAGAAAGCACAGCUAUACACUA